AUGUCCCACCCUAUCAACAAAUUCCAACCGUUCCCCAACUUCUAUGUCUACCGACCAGGUUACAUGGUAGUUCCUCUGAUUCCCCUUGACGAGCUACCUUCCUGGGUCCAAGUCGGCGAUUUCGACUGGGGCGAUAGCUCGCUCUACGAAGCUAUGCUUCCCGCUAGCUUUAACUGUUUCCCCCGAAUAGGCGAAUACGACGUGAUUUGCCAUCAUUGCUACAAAAACGUCGACAGCUACCAUCGCAGCGUGUCCGAGAGAAGUGAUAGCAAUGCUUCUUCUCGGGCCUCUGAUCUUCCCAAAGGGCUUGCUGCUCAAUUGCCUGCGAAUUCUAUCUUGUUGGAUCCAUCCUUCAAGCUUGAGCAGCCGCCGUUUGGGGCAAGCUUGAAUGUUAGUCCGUUUGUCGGACUGUGUUUCUCUCCUCGGAAAAGACUGUGUGAGCUCUUGUGCCCAUGUCUUCGGUGUACUCAAAACGGCCAGGAUCAGCGGAAUGACCAGAACCAGCAGAAUGACCAGAACCAGCAGAGUGACCAGAACCAGCAGAGUGACCAGAACCAGCAGAGUGACCAGAACCAGCAGAAUGAACAACAUGAGGAACAUGAGGAACAUGAGGAACAAUUUGAGCGUGAGGAUCAGUCUGAACAUGAGGGUCAGUCUGAACAUGAGGAACAACAUCCCCCAUCUCAUCAGAAUACUCCUCCGCCUACAGAUCCUUCUGGGCAUCCUCCACCUCCGAAUACUCCUGAAAAUCCUCCUGUCAAUAAUCCUGCGGAUUCCCCUAACCCUCCUGCAAAUCCGCCUCUGAAUUUGCCUCCAGAGUCUCCGGAUCAUUCGAACCCUUCUCUGCCAGAGGAAGAGGGAAUUCCUCUGGAGACUAUGUCUCAUUCAGACCAAGGACAUCGGGCAAGCCAAGCGUCUCAGGCAGCACAGGCGGCCCAGGCAUUCCAGGAGAACGGGACUCGUCGGACGCGCUGGGAUAUUCGGGAGUCUAUAAGAGCGGAAGCAAGAGAUCGGUCCGCAUCGGAAACCGCAAUCACUGAGUCAUCUUCCAUUCACGCCGUACCAAUUACCGGGACUGACCCUCCAGCUGAGGCAGAACAGGAAGGAGAAGCACCUCCCCGGAAUCAUGUAAACGGGGUCACUCCUGUAGAUACGCCAGGCCAUGCAGCUUCUGCAUCUGCAUCUGUUGAACAUACUCAACCUCAGACGAAUGGUGGAAGUGAAGCUGCGACUUCGGGAGACAGUGGAAACAGCUCCUUUGGGAGGAGGCGUGCGCGACAUCGAGAUAGACUGAAUCGCCGGGGUCAGUUGUUUGAAGACGACGUGUCUGGCCCAGAAAUGGGGAUUGAUCGUAUUGAUUCUGUUGUUGCAGGGCUGUCAGGAAUCCUUGUUGAAACAGACGUGGAACAAACUGUUACUCAGAGGGAGGACGCUGAGGCUGUAGACGCUGAGGCUGUGGACGCUGAGACUGUGGACGCUGACACACAGGACGCUGAGACAGAUGCCGAGGCAUAG